GCCACCGCCUCCCGCCCAGCCCUCGCCGCCACACAAGCCCAGAGCUCCAACUCCGCCUUCCUUUUCUUCUAGCUUCCCGGCCGGGCAGGCCGGGCUAGGCUGGGGGGCCGGGGCUGGGCCAUGGCCGGGCCGCUGGCGCCCCCCGUCAGGCAGCAGGUAGGCCGAGCGCGGGGCAGCGAGCAGCUGUCGAAGCCGAAGGAGCUGCGGGAGGUCGAGCGCUGCCUGAUGCUGGACGCGGACGGGAGGAGAAUUCCCUUCAAGGCUCUGUAUGGGGAGCAAAAAGCCAUCGUACUGUUCGUGCGGAAUUUUUUGUGUUACACUUGUAAGGAGUAUGUUGAAGACCUGGCAAAAGUCCCCAAGGAAUUUUUACAAGAAGCAAAUGUGAGGCUUAUAGUUAUUGGACAGUCAUCUUAUCACCACAUCAAGCCCUUUUGCAGUUUAACUGGUUACGCGCAUGAAAUGUAUGUAGAUCCACAAAAGGAAAUUUAUAAAAAGCUUGGCAUGAAAAGAGGGGAAGGUAGUAAUGGACCAGUGCGGAGCCUUCAUGUAAAAUCAAACACACUCCUGGGAAGCAUUAGGAGUAUGUGGAGGGCAAUGGCUAGCCCAGCUUUUGAUUUUCAAGGAGACCCAGCUCAGCAGGGAGGAGCUUUGAUUUUAGGCCCAGGUAACGAAGUUCAUUUUUUGCACCUUGAUAAAAACAGGCUGGAUCAUGUUCCCAUCAACACAGUUUUGCAGCUGGCAGGAGUUAAAACAGUAAAUUUCACAAACAAGCCUCAGAUUAUUGACAUAUGAGCACUGACACUGUAUAUACCUUGAAAAAUCACAGCUUCAAGCACUGGACUUAAGCUUAUGCCUACUUUUGAAUCCAGCACUGGCUGAUAGUAUGAAAUACAUGUUAUAGUUAUAAAUAAAUACUUUAAAAUGUCUGCUAUAUUUUAAAAUUGUCUGCAAUUCUUUUGCAUCAUGUGAAAAGGUGUCUCUGUAAGCCAGGGAGGGGUGUGUUGGAUCAGAUUGUCAGUUUUGGAGUAGGCCAUAGUCAGUUGCUUGUUUUUCUUUUAAGAGUUGCAGCAAAAUAUGUGUACUUUCUCUCAGAGCAAGGGGUCUCUGAAAAAAUGUCCUUCAUUAUUUUUGUCUUAGACAACUGAGCUAAGGACAACAGCAUUUUGGUUUGCAGUUCUGUCAGAUUUCAUAUUACCCAGUUUUCUGGAAAUGUUCAUGUUCAAAAUCUGUGGCUUUCAUUAAAGCAGGUGCGCCUUCUUUCAUCCAUGAGCCACUUUUUGCAAAUUUAAAAUAAGAUUGUCUAAGAUUUAUGAAGGAGUGUGCUUUGGUCUGCAGUUUCUGAUCUUUGGCCUUCACCGCAAAAUGACACUAUUAAUAUGUAUUUUACCUGCAAAUUCUCUCUCCUUUUAAACUGUAACACUAAUGCAACUGUAAAACAGCGUUCUGUGAAGAGGUUUGUCCCUGCACCAUUAGGGUCAGUGGCAGGCACAGAGCAAGCUCUGGAGAGCUCUACACCAUUAAGAGCAUGUGAAAUUAGACGCCGUGUUCCUUGAUAAAAAAUAAAAGGCUUGUUUAAGAAACAUAAUGAUACUGAGCAAUGUAAUUCCAUUAAAGGUACUAUGCCUUAGCACCUUAUUAAUUACAUACACAUUUUUAUAUGGUGUGUUUAGAAGGAUAUUAUUAACAUUAAAAUGCUGUGUUCGGUUCUCUGCUUUGACUAAACAACACUCAGCACAGGGCUAAAAUAUUUAAGUGCAGAUGAACCCUGACGAUUUUAGGGCUGGGCAGAGGCUUCCACAGAACUUGGUGUAACACAUUUAGACCAGCAGCUAGGUCUCCAAGGGAAUAAGUCUGCUUUUCAUGACCACUGCCCCUUUAUUCAUAAAUAAGGAGCUGCCCCCUCCCUAUAGAGCUCCCCCAGCUCACCAAUGUUUUUUAGUAUGUCGUAAACUCUGGAAUGCAGCUGCCCCUGUGUUACUUAAACCACAGUAGAAAGCAAGCUAGAAAAGUGGUCUUAGAAAACUGGCCUUGUGUUUGUAAAACAAAUACAAAAAAUGCAGCGAUAGUAUUUUCAGAGAGAAAGAAUCCUAUAUACUCAAUUUAUUUGUAAUACUUCAACUCUGCUUCAUUCACCUCAUCAUGACUCCCAACAACACUGGCUCUAGUUUUACUUCUUGUUUGCAAUCAUUGCACUUUCAUGUUAUUGCUGGUUCUGAUUUUAAAGGAAGUG